GUCACUUCCGUGUGCCUCGUCGGCUUUCGUCCGGCUGGACUUUGGAGCCUGUUAGGUUCCUUUGCCUCUGGCUUCACUACGCCAUUCGCCCCUCGCAGCGUCCAGUGUGGGGCCAUGAGUGUUCCUGAGCCACCGCCUCCGGACGGGGUCCUUACGGGGCCCUCCGACAGCCUGGAGGCCGGCGAGCCCACGCCGGGCUUAAGCGACGCGUCUCCAGAUGAAGGACUGAUAGAGGACUUCCCUGUGGAGGGCAGAGCUGUAGAGCAUCUGGUGGGAGGCCUGCUGUCCCACUACUUACCAGAUCUGCAGAGGUCCAAGCGAGCGCUCCAGGAACUCACACAGAACCAAGUUGUGUUACUAGAUACACUGGAACAAGAGAUUUCAAAAUUUAAAGAAUGCCACUCCAUGUUGGACAUCAAUGCUUUGUUCACGGAAGCGAAGCACUAUCAUGCCAAGCUGGUAAAUAUAAGGAAAGAGAUGCUGAUGCUCCACGAGAAGACAUCAAAGUUGAAAAAAAGAGCACUGAAGCUGCAGCAGAAGAGGCAGAGAGAAGAGCUAGAGAGGGAGCAGCAGCGCGAGAAGGAAUUUGAAAGAGAAAAGCAGCUGACAGCCAAGCCAGCCAAGAGGACGUGAGGAGCCUGCUUUCAGGUUCCUGUCCCAUCAUGCUUCCUGGAUCUCCAGUGCUGUACACAAAGAGUGAGGUGUGGACGGUGCCUUAUGCCAUUCCAUGGCCUGAAAUCUUUCCCAGGGUUGCUGCGUCUCCAAGACUUCACUCAAGAAGCCUUGUUGAUACUUACGUUUUCAACUUUUGCUUUACUUUCAAAUUUAUUAUUUGAUCUUAAAUCAUUUGUAAACUGAAAACACUUUCGUUAUUACAGGAGUCUGGGUACUAGUUCACAAUGCAUAAAGGUCUGAACUUCUUGAGAAUUGAUUUCAGUGUCAGUUCCUCCUUAUCUGAGGACAGGCUUUUCCUGCAUAGCCACACUGAUUUUUGGCAAUUUUUUUUUUUUUUAUUGUUUAAAGAGAAAUACCAAUUGUCUGAUCACAAAUCUCCCAGAAAGAGAGCUGCCAGGCUUUUAUGAAGAACACAGGAAGUGUGUGCACUCUGGAAAUACCAGCACCUUGGACAUAGGCUGGGAGUGGAUGCCAGACAGAUUCUUCCAGCCAUUCUCCUUGGCUUUUCACUGUUGCUGCUGAUGUAGAUUUUGGGUUCAGGGCAGAAUUCUAUCCAUUCCUAAAGCUGUGCAGCAAUGGUGGGCCUGCCAGAUACUAAAAGGUGUGUGUUUGUGUCUUUUGUGUAUGUGUGUGUGUGUGUUUGCAUGUGCAUGCUAAGUCAUCACAAUGUAACUAAAAUGUUUCUGUGUGCCCCCCCCCCCCUUUCUUUUCCCCUAGAAACAGGCUCUCUAUAAAGCCCUGGCUGUCCUGGUAUUCACUAAGAGACCAGGCUGGCCUCAAAUUUAACAAUCCACCUGCCUCUUAUUCCCAAGUGCUGGGCUUAAAGGUGUGCACUGCCAUGCACUGUUCUGGCUUUUAAGUAGAACAAGAUCUGCUACUGCUCACAUGAUAUGUAAAUAGUGCACAGAAGAGAAGGCUUGUGCCUUUACUGUUUUCUAGAACUUUUUUCCCUCUUGUUGUAUGUAGGAACUUACUCUGUAGGGCAAGAUGAAGUCUCAUUGUUGGAAAUCAAGAGUGCAGUAGUAUACUUUUCCACUUUAGUGUUUAAUAGGAAGCUUGUUUCUAGCCCCUACUAUGUGUGAGCAGCACAAGCUACAAAGGUGUCUGAUUAGAAUGCGCAUCUUUUAUAACCCAUGUUAUACUUUUAGUAAGCUGGAAUUACUACCUCUGAUCACAUACUGGACGAUAGAGAGAUUGAUGGUAGAGACCAUUAAAGAUGACCAGUGGUAAGAACUUGUCAGCUUAAAGGCAGAACUGUUUCUUUGAAGGAACCCUUUCCUUCUUAAUGACUGAAUUGUGAUCCCACAGUCAUUGAUCUUGACUUCUGUUCAAGAAUACAAAUGAGUCUAUUUGAAAUGCUGUUACCCUUAGUCACUUGCUGUCACUCUCAGAGCACAAGUCACUAGGACUUGCAGGACAAUGCCAUUACAUUGUAGAAUGUACUUGUUACAAUAAAAUAUCUGAUGUCUGAUGAAGUCUGGAGAUUGCUUUUCAUGCUGACUUUAGACCAAUGGUGUUGGUUGUUUCAAGCGCUAUUCCUGGACACUUCUAGAUACUUCUUCAGUCUCUUAAAGUGAAUCUUUUCUUUGUUUUGCUUAAACUUUCUGCCAGAGAUUCUGGUAUGCCUUCAAGGAUGAGACCCUUCUGGGUCUGGUUGCCACUGGCAGGAUUCCCCACACUAAAUUGCAUAUCCUUUUCAUCUGGGGACUUAAGAAAAUGCAGACAUCCUCUGUUCUUACCCACUAGUUCUGAUGUGGGGCCAUAGAAGAUUUGCAGUGCUCCAGAUUAUUCUGAUGCAAGGGACUGGUGGUGUAGACUGUCCAGUAAUUUACCUUCAUAAGCAAUGGAAUAGUUUCAAAGCUACCUAGUGAUUUGUGGAAUUAAUCUUUAGAAAUAAAUUAUUCCCUACUGCUUUUGAUAGAAUCAGAUUUAAAACUGAACCUUAGCUGGCAGGAAAUUAAGAGUACUAGUUAAUUGAUUGGACUUUUUGACCUGUAUUAAAAUAAAUCAUGUUUAGUGAGUGUAUGGCAGCGUGGCACCUAUGUUUUGAGAAUUAAGUUUUAAAGCCUUUUUAACAUAGCAAAAAGAUGGGCUGGAGAGAUGGUUCAGCAGUUAAGAGGACUUUCUGCACUUGCAUAGGACCAGGAUUAUUCCUAGCUCCCACUUGGCAGCCCAGGGGAUCCAGUCCCCUCAUCUGGUCUCUGUAGCAUCAGACACAUAUGUGGUGCACCUACUCACAUUUAGAUGAAACACCCAUAUAAUAGAUAAAUCUACAAAAAGAAAUAUACAUCAUUACCCACCACUUUAAGGUCAGAGGUCAAUUAGAAACACCAUAGAUGAUGAAACCCUAAAAUUUUAGCUGUAUUUUAGUAACAUGGAAACACAGUAACCAGACACUUGCUGUGUUUUUCAACAAAUAGAAAUUGGCCAAAAGAAAAGUCAGUUUUGAAAUAAUAUCAGAUAUGUAUGGUGCUGACACAUGGGGUGUUGUUCAUUUUGAGCUGACUUUGUCAUGAGUAUCAUGUAAAUGUGCAGACAUUGAAUGUAAUGGAGAUGUGUCCACAGUGAAUUUUGGUGUGCAUUCAGUUCACCAGUACCAAUUGUAUGCUGAAACAUCUUUGUUCAUAAACUACUUUUAUGAACUUAAUAAAAACGUCAGAAACA